GGCGGCCACAACAGCAACAGCGGCGGCACCGGGGACCACGGGCGCGGCGCGAUGAUGAUGCACCGCACGUCGCGUGUGUAUCUGAACCCCGCCGCGUUUAUCGAGCACGUGCCGCGCAACACGAUCGUCAACAUUGUGCCGCAGGGGCGCCAGUACGUUGUGGAGCGGCUGGGCCGCUACCACCGCACGCUUGACCCCGGCUGGUGGCUGGUGAUACCGCUGCUCGACAAGAUCCGCUACUGCUACAGCGUGAAGGAGCAGGGGGUGGAGAUCCCGAACCAGUCCGCCAUCACCUCCGACAACGUCAUGGUGGAGAUCGACGGCGUGCUCUUCCUGCGCAUCGUCGACGCAGAGAAGGCGAGCUACAACAUCGAGAACCCCGUGUACAACCUGCUCAACCUCGCCCAGACGACGAUGCGCAGCGAGAUCGGCCGCCUCGACCUCGACACGCUCUUCCGCGAGCGCACGCAGCUGAACAAGAACAUCGUCGAGGUGCUGCGGCGCGAGGCGCACGACUGGGGCAUCGAGUGCAAGCGGUACGAGAUCCGCGACAUCACCGUCAGCGAGCUCGUGCGCCGCUCGAUGGACCUGCAGGCGGACGCGGAGCGGCGCAAGCGGCAGCUCGUGCUGCAGUCGGAGGGAGAGGCGCAGGCGGAGAUCAACCGCGCAGAGGGCCUCAAGACGGCGCAGCGCCUCGCCGCAGAGGCGCAGCGCUACACUGUCGUGCAGCACGCGGAGGCGGAGGCCGCGGCGACGGAGAAGAUGGCGGACGCCGUCGCGCAGAGCGUCACCGUCGUCGCCGCGUCCCUCGACAAGACCCCGCGCAGCACGGAGGCCGUCUCGCUGCGUGUGGCGGAGAAGUACAUCGAUAAGUUCGGCGAGCUCGCG